AUGGUGAGUGAGACUAUUGUGCAUGUGAGGUUGUCAUUCUGUGGAGUUUUUUGGUUUAUUUGGUGGUGCAUGCUCUCUCCAGUGUCAACACACACAGGGCUCCCUGUCGUAGGCAUGGAUAUUUUAGUGGCAUGCUGUAAAAACCGAACCCUUCCUGCAGAGUAGGAAUCACCCCUUUUGGUAAAUAAGCAAGUGCAAAAACUCCCUUUGUCUGUUGGCGCUGUUGAGUCUCAAUCACUUAUUUAUUUCUUUCCCUCCCCUCUUGCUGCUAAACCGCGAAAGCGAGGGGAACCCUCCUCUGUUGACCGCUUUAAGGACGCCUUUCCCUCCGUUUUUCUCGUUUUUUAAGAGGAGUCAGGCUGGCAGAGAGGCGGCGGUGGAGGAGGAGGAGGUGGAGGAGGAGGUGGAGGAGGGAGUGAAGGAGCUGUUGCUGCAGCAGAGACCAGGCGCACCGCAUGGGGAAACCCGGGAGCUGUCCAGCAGCAAUGGUGCUGAAACCACACCAAGUGGCGGUAGUGGGCUGUUGCUGGUGCUCGUGUGUUUGUGUGUGUGUGUGCCUGUGUGUGUUUGUGAGCAUGCAUGUGUGUGUUGGGGGUGGCUGGUGUUGUUCUUGGCAGCCAAAAGCAGCUCUAUUUACUCCUGUUUGGACACCAGCAGCUUCUAUUCUGAGUGAAUCCUCCUUCCUGAAGCGACGUUGGAGGAGAAGUGAAGCACCCCCGCCUCCUUAAAAACCGCCUGCGCCCACCGAGGGGGACACAUUUGGCUCGAAAAGAAGUCUUUUUUUUCCCGCCUGUGUAGUUUGAGUGGCCUCGAAGGAUGCUAUAGGCAGAGAAAGGGAGGGAGGGAGGCAGCAGCCGGAGCGUCUGGGAUCAGACUUUGGGAUGGAAGGCUGCGCGUGAAAACGAGCAGAAUCGGUGAAACGAUAAAUUUGAGAGAGAGCAUCAAAAGUAUGUGAAAGAGUCAGGGUCGGAGUUCAGAGGCGCGCCUAACUUCAGGGCUGUGAAGGACCGUAGCGGCUCUAUUAUUAGCUCUUUAUUCCAAGAAAGUCCCUCCUGUUUGAUUGAAGGUAUCGGGGCUGAUCGGAUCAGAGAGACGCCGAUCAGGCUACAGGCGCUCAGUAUCCUCCCAGUCUGCGCGUAAAAACCGGUCAAAUUUUCCCAGAGUGAUGACUGCAGGCUACGAGGACGACAAAUACCCACAUCGACCACUUGUCUUUGUCAUGCAAAUCCCGGUUGUACCUCACCUGCGAUGCAUUCCUCCAGCAUCUCCCCCCAAAACACCAAAAAACACCCCCUCUGUGGGCCUUCGUCGGUCAAAACGCGCAAAUAUCGACUCGAAAAUGCCAAAUAUUGAUCAGUUAUUUCAAAGCGGCGGGUAAUUUCGGUGGAAACAGCGCGGAUUCCCGAGUCGUGACUGCUAAAGUGAGUAAUGUGCGCGUUGGCUGCGUCAGGAGAGGCAGUCACUGUGCGGUGCAGACGGUGGGGGAGAAUCGUGACUGACUGGGUUGCAAAUGAAAAGACCACCCAAUAAAAAUACCCUCAGCAGGAGGGGGCAAUGAGGAGAGGGGAUGAAAAAAGGGUGGGGGGUCUCGGGUCUAAAGUGGGCUCAGACCCCGGGUCAGCACUAAUCACCACCCCUGGAAAAAUCUCCUCCUUCCUUCCUUCUUCCCUUCCUUCCUUCCUUCCUUUCUUUCUUUCUCCCCUAAAAGCGUGAGUCCCGCUGCUUGCGCGCAUGCUGGCAGCCAACUUGAAUGCAGACGAGUUUCAUCAGUGAUAGUGGAGGGGGAGGGGGGGUGGUUCGGGAUCAAACCUGAUACAAACAAGGGGGGAGCAAAGAGAGAGAGAGAGGGAGAGAGAGAGAGAGAGUAGGGUCCAGAUCCAGAUCGUGACCCGGCCUCCGGUUUACUCGGUCCAGGAACUUUCAGGAGAUGAUAAUGUUUUUUAAAAAUGAGAAAAUGAGGUUAGAGUUUGUUAAAAAAGGACUUCUGAGAAAGUACCGGAACUUUUACAGGAUUUAAAAAAACAAACAAAGAGGUAAGUUUUUAUUUAUUUGAAUCUAACUUUGAAAAAACAACAAAAACAUUAAAGAUGGUUUGAACUCCGAGUGUGUGAGGUUGGGUGGUUUACAGUCGUGAUGAUGAUGUUGAUGAUGAUGAUGAUGAUGAACUCUUUAACUCUUCAUGUGACUCUCAGUUUUGUCUGAAAUAAUCGCAGUUGCUGCAGAAAAUCGCAGUUUUGUGGAUGUCUUUUCUUGUUGAUAUUUCCUCCUCCCCUCCCCUCCUCCCCUCCUCCGGGCUGAGUGUGCAGUCCGGAGACCCCCGCGUGUUUUUUUGCAGUGGUACCCUCCGGUGAACUCUAUAGGUGACCAUGAGUCGCCUCAGAUGCUUCUUGCUAAUGUUGUGAUGCGAUGUGAAAGGGUCUGGGAGACGUGUUCCCGAAAUGUUUGCAUUUGCAUCCCUCCGUUUUUUGGAUGUUGUUGCAGCUGUCGUGCGAGGAAAUGAGAGGAAAGGAAAGGGGGCGUUACUUCUGAUCAUGUGAAAAAUGUCUCAUUCUCGCUCCCUGAUAUCUUGUUUAUUAUUCUUGUCAUCACAAUGAUAAAAAAAGCCUCUUUGGAGCAUAGCUGCAAAAACCGAGAAAAGACGAGAAAUCAACAAAUCAUCACAUCCUCAUUUCCCAACAUAAGUCUACUCUUUCUCUCGUAUAGAUCACAAUUUGGUUAGCCCUGUCUAUUUUCUUUCUUUCUUUUUUUUUUUUCAAAAAGGGGGGUCCCUAUAUGAGCGAGAUGCCGAUUGGUUGAUGACGAGGUUCGCCUUCUCCAAUAAGAUCCCUCCCUGCUCUCUAUUUAUUGCCAGCAGUUUACAGCCUUGCUCUCUCCUCACCCAGAGCUUUGGAGCGGCUGCAGAGAGGCAGAGCUUCACUAUACACGGAGACACAGCACGGACCAGGGGAUAUAAUACAGAGAGAGAGAGAGAGAGAGAGAGAGAGAGAGGAGAGAGAAACAGGGAGGGGAGGGGGAGGGAGAGAGAGAGAGAGAGAGUGCACUGACAACAAAACGCAUCGAUGCACAGCUCCCAGUGAUCACACGGGCUCUGCACAUCCGAGUGUUUGGAUAAAAAAGGAAGGAGAGGAGAUAUAAAGGAGAGACAGAGAGAAGGAGAGGAGAAAGGAAUGGAUGAGGGAGGAGAUAGAGGAGAAUUCAAACUGGAGGAGGAAGAGGAGGAGGAGGAGGAGGAAUCAAAGCGAAAGGACCUUGGACAGCUCUCAGUUGCAGCAGCAGCCUUGGCAUCCGGAGACCCCCCGAUUUCUCUCUUUCUCUAUUUCUCUUCUUCUUCUUCCUCCAUCCAUCCUCUCCUCUCCUACUAGUGAAUGCGUGUGUGUGUGUGUGUGUCCGUGUGUGAGCGUGUGUGUUUGAGGGAAGCACACAAGCCUCGGGUUGCCGAUGGCUGGAGAUACAAUCAAGCGAGCUGGGAUGGGAGAUAAAUCCACGGGAGCGCGAGGAGAGCAGACUCCCCGGGUGUCACGGAGUCCCCGCCGGACGGCAGCAGCAGCAGCAGAUGAUGAUGAUGAUGAUGAUGAUGAUGAUGAUAAUGUCCUUCACGAAUCUUUUUGCGGUCUGGGCUUGCUGUUCAUAACUAUUAAUCUGGGAAGCCCUUACCCCAAAAAGCAUUUGCGGAGGGCGCAAUCGCCGCGCCGAGACAUCGACAUCGGAAGACGGCUCCACUCGUGGAAUUUUACAAUCUUUGAUUUUCUGAAGGGCUUUCCUCUUUUUUCUGCUCCGUUUUUCUUUUUGCACUAUUCUCCUCAUCAUUUACUCUCUUGAUUUCCAUCACUGCCACGGCUGUAGUGUUUUUGUCUCCGUUGCUUUUCAGCCCCUCUUUUCCUCUCCUCCGUGUCUCCUUUUGAGUCAACAGUUUUCUUCUCUCUCUGAAUUUGUGGCGAAGCGUUGCAGCCACGUCGCACCCAAGUUUUGCUCCAACUCUUGCGUGCUCCAGAAAAAAAACCAAAACUGUAUUUUUAUUAUUUUUGUCAACAAACAUGUCGUCGGACUCCAAACUUUGAGCCACGCACCGUUCAGUCAUUAUUCCAACCAAACACACCCCUGACACCCCCCACCCUCUCCUCCUCCCCGCCCCCAGUUCCACACCGAACAAGUGACAGUGCCCAGCAGCAGAGCACAGAGUAAACACGGGGAGACCCUUGUAAUGCACAAGUUGCACGUGGGCAAAACAGUGGAGGGAGGUGUGUGUAUACGUGUGUGUGUAUGUGUGUGUGCGUCUUUUGGAGGGUGCGGUGCCACUUUUCAUGGGCGUCACUGAGCCCCCCCUUAAUCCCCCUCGUUAAACAUAAUAAUAAUAAAAACAAGUGAGAAACAUGCACACGAGCACACGCACGCGCACACACCACUGUACGCAAAGUGCAUAUGCAAGGGAUUCCCCAACAAGGCCACGAAAAGAGCCCAGAUUAGCAGACGGAGAGGAAGAAGCAACAUCUGCAAUAGCUGCUUCAUAAUACACUGACCGUGAAGUACUGCGAGCGCGCGCGCGCGUAUGUGAGAGAGACUGUGUGUUUGUGAGUGUGUGUCCUCCGUGAGAACAUCCACGCAGCCUCCCCUUUCACACACAUACUGUGGAGACGAACACGUGUCUCCCUCCCUGUUUUGUGAAUAGAAGUUAAUCCACCUCAAGCAUCAGCCCACCACUCACACACACACACACACACACACACACACACACACACACACACACACACACACACUCGGAUAGACGAGCACGUCCUCUCAGCCUGACCCACCAAAGUCAAAACAAAAACACAGAGAGAGGGAAACAAACAAAAACAAAACAACACCAAUCUAACAUUUCUGCAGCUUCACCACAACUUCUGCAAAAACUCUGAGUGAGUGAUGAUGGUGAUGAUGAGGGAUGUGUGCACGAAUACAGAGGGAGAUAAAACUCCGAGAUGAGCGUUUCUGCUCUUCAAAGACAGAGUAAAAAAAGCUGAAAAAGAUGCAACUCAGUUUAGCCCGGAGGUAGAAAGACACGUGCAACUUUACGCACAGUUUCUCCUCAGUUUCCCUGUUUUAUUUGAAGGAAGAAUCAAAGUUGGAAAUGAUGAUAAACGUUCAAAUAGAUUUAAUACAUGUGUCCACGCAUCAUUAGAGCGCAGCCCCGUUUAUAAAUGUCGUGUAUCGUGUGAUUUGAGGCCUUGAACCUUGAAGUUAUACGCGCCAAGUGAGCGCACUGUCAGGGGCGCGUAAAAAAGAGCAGAAAGUGACGUAAUGGCGUCCAAAUUUAACCGUACAGGAGGUCUCAGAGAAAUGAAGAAGAAAAGGAAGUCAGAAAAGUUCAGGAUCAGGAGAGAGGUGAAAGCACGUUGCAAACAAAAGAGAGAGAAAGAAAAAAGUCAAAUCAGGCUUUUCUGUAAUUUGACGCAACCCUUGAGCAAAGCAGAGGGUGAAAUGGCGCACAGAGGACGCACCUGUUCUUUCCUGGUGAAGGUGUCUGUAUGAACCUGAAAUGUUAGUUUAGUUAGGGUAGAGAGCACGUGCUAUAAAUAAACUAUAUCUAUAAAAAACACCUGAAGAAGAAGUCACAUGUAACGUGAGGGACGCCAUUUUCUUAAAAUAGAAACAUCGUGACCUCUGACCUGUGGGGAGGCCUCAGUUUCUCUUCACUCCAGAGACAAAAACAAACAAUUUGAUGCGAACAAACGUGAGUUAAGUUUGGUCUGAAGGCGCUCUCUCUUCUCUUUAAGUUUAAAGUUUUAACUGUAAUCCACCCUAACAAGUAAAAACACUCUUGUGCGUAAAAACGGAGACUUCUCUGCUGUUGUUCGUGACAUCCACCUCUCCACUCCACGUCCACAUCUCUGCUCGUGUACGUCUGCACUCUAACUUUAUAGAUGUUUAAAUCUCACAGUGCGUGUCUCUCUCUUUGUUUUCUGUCUUGCAGGAGAAACAAAAGCAGCAAAAGAGGAGCAUGGUGGGAUACUCGUGGACCCUGCUGCCUCUGCUGUGGGAGCCUCCAGAUGUGCGCACGAGAAGAGAAAAAAAGAGGGGACCCCACAGUUUGGAUGUUUUCACCGAGGAGCGCACAGAGUCAAACGGAGACACACACAGAGAGACAGACCUUCCUUCUCCAAGAAAGACAGAAAGACAGACAGGUAAUUGCUCGGCCUGACGUCAAACUCCAAUCACAUUUUUAAUUGCAUUUUGCGCGAGUCUCGUUCUGACUUCUCGGUGUUGUGUCUGCGCAGUAGUGCUGGAUUUCCCUCUCUGCCUCUUUCUUCUCUCUUUCCAAACUACCCUGGACUCAGAUUUUCGUGUUUUGACGCCUUUGUCUUGGAUUACUGUCUCUAGAUUGUUCACUUCGUGUUGUUUAACAUCUAGAAAUUGUGCGUAAAAGUCGUAGAAGUUCGUUUUUCCACCUUUAUGAGAAAUGAUGACUCUGGUGGAUGGUGUGGGGUGUGUUUUCCACGCUUGGUAGUUUGCCUAAUCUUUCACGUGUCCUGUCAUGUGAUAUGAUUUAAAAGGAUUGAAGUUUUCUUGUGAGUUAGAGGCUCAUUUUACCUUCUUGUCAUCCAGACUUUUUUAAAAUCGUGUUUGGCCUUUGUCUUCUAUCUUCCACAUACACUUUUUUACGCACCGUUUAAUUAAAUUAGUAAUCAUGUCAUUUUUUUUUACAUUUUUGUUAGAGUUAGGGUUUGCAAACUCAACUUCUCUGCAGGCCGUGAGUUUGCAAAUCAAACAACAAACUGCUACAAACUAAAGUCACGUCUCAAACAUGCAGCUCACCUUUGGAGACGGAACUUUCCCUGUUUGUUCUCCGUCCAUGCGCAGGAUCUCCUUACCUGGUGUCAGUGUGCGGAUAGAAAACUACUUCUCCAGGUGUUGUAGAAGUCUGCAGGUGUGAGUGUGCGCGCAGGUCAUAUCUGUCUGUAACCUCCUCUGUGUCUUCACUACACCAUGCACGAGCUGUGACGUCCCCCCCAAAAUACCUGCUUUGUCACCCCUCAGUGUGAGUCAUCAUAUCACAGGCAGUUCAGGGCAACACCCCGCCGUCACGUUUCAUUUCCUCGCCCUUGUUAUAAGGCUGUAGUUACCGGUACACGCAGAGGGGGGAUGUGCGUCAUGACCCGGGGCAGAAAGGCCAACAGAAAGACCUCUAUUCAAAAACCAGAGAGUUCCUUAUUUCUGCUCCUCUAUAAAACCUCAUAUUAGUGCAGUCAUGAUCCAAUUCAUCAGAGAGUGAUGAGGGGGAAUGUACAUUUGAAGCAGACAGGAUGUUGGUGUGUCAGUUUUGGGGAUCAGGAGUCACCCUCAGAUUAUUUGAUCACAACUUUUCUUUACAACAAAAUAUUUGAUGUUUCCUUCAGGUUCCUCCUCCUCCUUCUUCUUUGAUUUCAAAUCUACACUCUCAACUUUAGGAAAAGCAACAAAAUGGAUGCUAUAGAUGUUGAAGUGUGAGUGUGUGGAUGAAAUCACCUGUUCAGAUCAGAAGAAUCAGAAUCAGAAUCAGAAGGGGGUUUAUUGUUGUUGUUGAACAGGAUUCACAGACUAGGAAUUUGUUUUGGCAUGAUGGUGCAACAAUAAACAGAGAGAAAUAUAAAAUACUAGAAUAAAAACUAAUCAGAGCAUGCAAGAAAUAUGUAAAGUAUAAAAAUAUUAAAGGUUAUGUACAAUGCUAUGUACAAUAACUAUAAAAGGCUGUGUACACCUUUACAAUCCAGAACAACAGUGCAGUGGGAGGAGAGCAAUUAAAAAAUCCAAAGUACCUGAAACUAAAGUGACGGAGUUAUAAAGUGAAAUUGAAAUCCACCCAAAGAUUAUAUUUACAAGCGCUUCUUUAAUUUAUGUAAAAAGUAGAAUUUAAUGUCUAUUUUUGCUCGGACAUAAAAAGAGUAUUUUCAGUAUGUGGGGGUCAAAGUGCACGCUGACAUAGAAAACAUCCUUCCUCUCAUGUAUUGUGUCGUUUACUCUCUGAUAUCUGAUCUGAUUGGAGGAGGUUUUGAGAUUUCAGACCCUGACAUGUAUCGUAGCUGAUCUGAAUGUUGCUUGUGUUUGUUUUCAGUGUCUUCGUUUAUCUGGAUGAAACUCCAAACAGACUUUCAACAGUUGUCUCUUGAGCUUCCUUUGAAGUAGGGAUUGAUUUCUAUGAAAACUGUUGACAGGGAGGUCUGUUUGUCGUCCGGAGUGGCGUCGCUUUUAAACGACUCAUGAUGCGAUUUUCUAACACUGACGAAAAAAAGACAAACUUAGAAACCGAGGAUAUAUGUGUGUGUAGAAUUAGGAAAACUAACCCUUUAACUCAUCCUGUCAUAUAAAUAGAAAUUAAAAUAGAAAUGAUAAAGGUGUAGUGUUCCUCUGUGUGUGUGUGUGUGUGUGUGUGUGUCUGCAGGAGGUUGGGUUUUUGUCUCACAUGCAGCCCUGCUUUUGUUUUGCUGAGCUCAGCUUUGUAACGUUUUCUCGUGUCGCUCCAGUCGGGGAUGCAAAAUGGUCGAGGCACUGUGCGGAUGUGGUUGUCUGGUGUGUAUUUGGAAUCCUGCUCUUACAGCUGUGGUUCCUAUGGUAACCGUGCGGCAUCAUUUGACAGUCAAGAAAUUAUUACAGUGUUCAUUAUAACAAAAAUAAAAACAAAGUCAGGUUAUCUGUUAAAAUCUGGUGCGUUUUACACUUUUCAGAUGUAAACACAGACGUGGUGUGUAGUCAGGAUUGUUUUCUUACAGCUGAAGUCUCAUCAGAAGGACCGUACAGUGUGUUUUAUCUUGUGUGCGUAUGAAAGAUGAAGCCUGAAUAUCCUGAACAAUCUCUCUGAGAGUAUUUACCACAUUUAUACAUCAUGUCAUAAACAGAAAUACUGACUAGAAGUAGUCUUGGAAUUAUUAUAAUAACUUUUCAGAAUUUAAAAUCAGUAUCAAACCUCGUUACUACAAAUUCUUGCUGCUUUGGCUGCCGUUAAAAAUGAAUGGAGUCGUUGUUUUAGUUUGUGAAAACCUGAGGAGGAUCUAUAUGAUGAUUGAUCAGGUCAGUGAUACUAACGGUUCAAAUUGACUCACUAAAAUCUGAGUUUUUGCACCAUGACUGCCUCUUUUUUCUUCUCUAAUAUGAGCGUCUACUCGUGGUACAACGGGAUAUUUUUGGAGAUGAUGUCACCUCAAAGUGGAGACCAGGAGCUUUGAGGACGUAGGAAACACAAAAUGAUAGUGUGUGUGCUGGUUUUUAAUCCGUCUGUUUUAUUUAUUCUUGUUUUUUUUUAUUAAUUUAUGUGAAUGUUUAAGUGUGCGGGUUUUCACGCAGGGUGGUGGGAGUCUUGGUGUGACUUCACAGAGAUGUGAACGUCUCUCUGCAGCCAAAUUCACGUCAACUCUCUCCUGAUGUGAAUCCUUCAUGUGGAUUUAUCUGAAAAUGUUCACGUCGUUUAAUGACAAAAAAGGCAUCAUGAGAAAUUACAUUUAGACAGUUUUUCUGGUGAUUGUUUGGAUAUUUUAUGAAGUGGAAAAACAUGAACCUUUUAAUGUUAAAGUGAUUAUUAAUUCAAGAGGAAAUGGCCUCACGUUUUCUCAGUCUGCUUCCUCCGGAAUUAAUAAUUACGGCAACUUUAGGGAGUUUGUUUUUCUGCUGACAGAUCUGUGACGUCAGUGCGACUCCACAGUUUGUGGUGUGUAAAAAUCUAUAGUGAGCUGUGAGAUCAGCUGAACCUGAAUUAUUCACUUUUAUUUUUUAUUCAGGAUUUUCUAUUUUUUCUUCUAAAUAGUGACGUAAAUACGGUGAAGUGUGUGAAACCAUCACUGACCUGAUCCUGCUGAUGAUCAUAACCUGGUUAAAAAGAGUCUGAUUUAGGUUUGUCCUCCGAGUCGAGGAGCUCAGGUGUUUUCUAAAAACUAUUAUCAAUCAGUGAUCAAUGUUUUAAACCACAACUCAGAGUGAUCGAUGUCUUCACUAACAUGGAAAUCAGAGAGAAACUUUUGACUUUGGGAUAAAAAUGUGCAACUGAGACGUCACAUACACACAGACAGACACAGACACACACAGACACACACACACACACACACACACACACACACACACACACACACACACACACACACACACGUUUGACAAAAUUAAAAAUAAAACUGCGAGUGUGUGUGUGUCUGCUUAUUGUCAUUAUAAACAUCUAUAUCUCCAUUUUCGGUCUCACUGCAGUCUAAAGUCUGGUCCACUUGUUUGCUGAUUUCUUUAAAAACACAUUUUUUUUAAUCAGCUUUUUGAGUUUUAUGUCACGUCUUGUAAGGCCACUAACUUUGGUGUUUUUGUGCGGAUGGUAAAAUCAAAGUUUGAGGAAACACUGACGCUCUUGUGCGAGGCAGCUGUUGUUAAUGUCCCACUUUGAUACACACGUGGACAAAAUUGUUGGUACCCCUCAGUUAAAGAAGGAAAAACCCACAAUUCUCACUGAAAUCACUUGAAACCUACAAAAGUAACAAUAAAUAAAAAUUUAUUGAAAAUUAAAUAAUCAAAAUCAGCCAUUACUUUUGAAUUGUUGAUUAACAUAAUUAUUUAAAAAAAACAAACUAAUGAAAUAGGGCUGGACAAAAAUGAUGGUACCCAUAACUUAAUAUUUUGUUGCACAACCUUUUGAGGCAAUCACUGCAAUUAAACGAUUUCUGUAUUUGUCAAUGAGCGUUCUGCAGCUGUCAACAGGUAUUUUGGCCCACUCCUCAUGAGCAAACUGCUCCAGUUGUCUCAGGUUUGAUGGGUGUCUUCUCCAAAUGGCAUGUUUCAGCUCCUUCCACAGAUGUUCAAUGGGAUUCAGAUCCGGGCUCAUGGAAGGCCACUUUAGAAUAGUCCAACGCUUUUCUCUCAGCCAUUCUUGGGUGUUUUUGGCUGUGUGUUUUGGAUCGUUGUCCUGUUGGAAGACCCAUGACCUGCGACUGAGACCAAGCUUUCUGACACUAGGCAGCACAUUUCUCUCCAGAAUGCCUUGAUAGUCGUCAGAUUUCAUUUUACCUUGCACACAUUCAAGACACCCUGUGCCAGAUGCAGCAAAGCAGCCCCAAAACAUUGCUGAGCCUCCUCCAUGUUUCACCGUAGGGACAGUGUUCUUUUCUUCGUAUGCUUGGUUUUUGAGUCUAUGAACAUAGAGUUGAUGUGCCUUACCAAAAAGCUCCAGUUUGGUCUCAUCUGUCCAAAGGACAUUCUCCCAGAAGCUUUGUGGCUUGUCAACAUGCAUUUUUGCAAAUUCCAGUCUCGCUUUUUUAUGAUUUUUUUUCAGCAGUGGUGUCCUCCUUGGUCGUCUCCCAUGAAGUCCACUUUGGCUCAAACAACGACGAAUGGUGCGAUCUGACACUGAUGUACCUUGGCCUUGGAGUUCACCUUUAAUUUCUUUGGAGGUUGUCCUGGGCUCUUUGGAUACAAUUCGAACGAUCUGUCUCUUCAAUCUGUCAUCAAUUUUCCUCUUGCGGCCACGUCCAGGGAGGUUGGCUACUGUCCCGUGGGUCUUGAACUUCUGAAUAAUAUGAGCCACUGUUGUCACAGGAACUUCAAGCUGUUUAGAGAUGGUCUUAUAGCCUGCACCUUUAAGAUGUUUGUCUAUAAUUUUUUUUCGGAUGUCCUGGGACAAUUCUCUCCUUCGCUUUCUGUUGUCCAUGUUCAGUGUGGUACACACCUUUUCACCAAACAGCAGAGUGACUACUUGUCUCCCUUUAAAUAGGCAGACUGACUGAUUAUGAGUUUGGAAACACCUGUGAUGUCAAUCAAGGACACACCUGAGUUAAUCAUGUCACUCUGGUCAAAUAGUUUUCAAUCUUUUAUAGAGGUACCAUCAUUUUUGUCCAGCCCUAUUUCAUUAGUUUGUUUUUUUUAAAUAAUUAUGUUAAUCAACAAUUCAAAAGUAAUGGCUGAUUUUGAUUAUUUAAUUUUCAAUAAAUUUUUAUUUAUUGUUACUUUUGUAGGUUUCAAGUGAUUUCAGUGAGAAUUGUGGGUUUUUCCUUCUUUAACUGAGGGGUACCAACAAUUUUGUCCACGUGUGUAUAUAUUUUUUUAAUAGUUUAAGUGUUCUCAGUGGUCUUUAAAUUGUGUUUAUGAAGUUUUUCGCCUAAAUCACGUUACCUGUGUCACUUUUAAGAGCUUUUCUUCUGCAGAGCUCCAGUAGCUCAUUCGCAUUUCCCCUCUGUGUUGUGGGUGGAGACAGCGCUGCUCUGUACACUCCUCUUUACGCUAGCUUGUAGCCUAACAUUGCUGAUGUAUUAAAAGAAGCAGGUAACAUGGAGAUAUUCAGCUCUCGGACACUAAUGUCUUUGGGGACAUGAUGAAAGUUAAUAUCAUAAUUAGCUUUCUUACGAGAAUUGCAAUCCACUAACGCACACGCUUGUCCCACUAUCGUCCUCUCUACUUCUCCGAGUCUGGCCUGCAUGUUGGGGCUCGGGGGCGGAGCUUGGAUUUUUGAUGUAGAAAAUCUCACUAUGUCUGAACUUGCUGUUUGGGUCUGUGACAGAUUCAGAGAGAUUUGAAUGAAAUACUCAGUAUUUCUCAUGAUUUGUCCUGUAGCAUCAGAAAAAUUAUACAUGAACAUGUCGACAACAAGAAAAGCAAUAUUUUUAUCGGAGUGGGUCUUAAACGUUGACCACACUUGCACCAAGAUUGAAAGUUAGCACUUUAUUAAGGUCUCAUCUUGUGGAGGCGUGUCAUCUCUGUCUAUCUGAUUUUACUCUUCCUCUCCGUAAUCUUUUAGUCUGUACUUCAUUUAAAGCAUUUAAGAACUUAAACUCCUGCUGUGAAAUUUUGGAGGGACCCUACGACAGCGUGCUUGCUAAGCUAACAGGCUGCUAACUGGCUAACAAGCUGCUAACAGCUAACUGUCUGUUUCCUUCAACUUAGCUGCCCUUUUGACAGUUGAGUAAGUUUGUAUCAUCUUGUUUCAUCUCUGUGUUUUCCGAUUUGCCUCCGUAAUCUUGUAGUUUGUACUUCAUUUAAAACGUUUAAGAACUUAAACUCCUGCUGUGAAAUUUUGGAGGGACCCUACGACAGCUUGCUUGCUUAGCUAAUAAGCUGCUAACAGCUAACUGUCUGUUUCCUUCAACUCAGCUGCCCUUUUAAUGGUCGAGUGAGUUUAUAUCAUUAAAAAGAGGUGGAAAUGUGACAUUACGAUAAAACUAACCUCUCCUCCAUGGUUACAGAUAAAUUAUUUAGUUGCUCCUCCAUAAUGAAAUCCUUAGGGUGACCAUAUUCUGACUCCCCAAAAAGAGGACGCAGAGUCAUGUGCAGUUAAUUUUGAGGGUUUUUCAGGUCUGAUCGGGUGUUUUUUACAUGGUUAGUCCACGCUCCACAAACUCCAAACCUCCACACGAAACCUGGACAUUUGAAGGAUUUUAUGAGAGAAGAAAUCUGUUUUUAAAAAUAUCUGUACAAUGAAGAUGUAGAAAGAUAUAGAUUCAAUUCAAUUCAAUUUAUAAAGCACAUUUCCUGCACAAGGCAGACUCAAUGUGCUUCACAACAGGUAUACACAGUUAAAAAACAGUUUUAUAGAAAAAUCAAUUAGAAAUCAAUUUAAGAGUGCAAGUAAACCAACUUCACCGCAUGCACACUUAAACUCAUACAUGCACACGCACUCAUACAUGCACACACACAGUUGAACAGAAUGCUAUAGAAAUGCAGAUGCAGAUAUGUAGAUGUAGAUGCAAAAAGGAUCAUCGAUAGAAAACGUCUUUAAAUUUUCUAUUUUUGUGGCGCAGCCUUAAGGAGACAGGAGAUCUAAAGGGAGGAGGACUGACAUGACCAGGAAUCGAACCUCCGACCACAGCGACAAAGAUGACAGAAGAGGUGCUCCCUCUGCACCAACGACCCAAACCAAAACUUUUCCCUGAUAGUCAAACUUUGAGUCAAACUUAAACUAAGAGUUAUCAAGCUCUUAAUUUUCAACCUGAAGACCGAGCAUGUGGUCUGUUCGAGACCAGGAGUCAGAUCGUGGACCUGAUGUCCCUUUAAACUUUCUUCAAAUACAGUUACAGAGACCACAAUCAUAUUUUUGUGCCUGAAGAUUCAGAAACUGGGUUAGUUUAGGGGUCCAGAACGUCGUGGUCUAGUCGAGGAAUAUUGUCACAUUUACAUGAAGUCACUGAGGGGUGGUGUCUGAUUAUCUGGAGUUUACCUGAGACGUGAUGGACAGGUUUAUCCAGUUUGACAUUCAGGAUGAGAGAUGGCGGUGAAAUCGACCUGAUCAGGUGUUGUUCGCUGAGUUCAGGAAAGGUUUGGGCGAUAGAAAACAUCUGCUAUUAUCUUUAGAUGUUAAGACAUGAGGAACAAAGCUCCAAGAACUCCCAGUAUGAUGCUGGUGUGAAAACCUUCAAAAAGCCACAAUCUCAGACUUUAAUUUGACUCGUUCAUGGAGUCUGUGGUCUGGUAUCAAGUCUGACCUGCAGCUCCUCCAUCCUCUGUGUUGACCUCUCAAAAUAAAGUCUAAAAGCUGAAAAAGUACAUCUGAUGAAAACUGUGCUCAUGCUUUUACCAACAAACAGUCAAAAACUAUCCUGAAGUUCUCGGUCUUUGGUCUUUUCCAAACUUGACCCUCAACCGCACCAAAGUGAGAACUCUUUGUGGUUGCAGACAGAAACAUGUUAACUGAGAGCAGACAGAGUUCGACCCCAGCUGAGGAAUUUUAGACAAUCUCGUGACUCUUUACGAUCCUUUAUUAAAUUAGCUGUAAAAGAACGAUUUUAACUCGAUGUGAAUGAAUCAUCGAUCAGAAACUCAUUUUAAAAUAAAAAGGAAUAAAUUAUUUCAGCUCUAGGAAGCAAGAAUUCAUCCAGUUAAAUUUAAAGGAGUUAAAAACUUGAUAAAAGUGAAUUUCAGUGUAUUUUAGCCGACUUGAUUGGUCAGCUCCCUCCAACAUCUGCCUGACAGGGUCGUAGGUGCAGGUCUCCAAACAGCAGGGUGUAACUGAAGCUGAGGUUCAUGUUGUUUCUUUGGACCGUCCCGCCAAAUCCAAAUGUCCAAAAACAUCUCAGUCUCAAGCCUUGAGAGACAUCUAGAGUCAUUUGUAUGUUCACGUUCCUCGCGACGGAAAAGUCCACAAAACGUCAGGGUUAAGAAGUCCAGAUUUCUGAGUUUAAACAUGCAUCCUCUGUGGAAAUUUUCAGGAAUGAGGAGCAUGUGUGAACGGGGUUAAAGCUGUCUCUCUCUCUCUCUCUCUCUCUCUCUCUCUCUCUCUCUCUCUGUCUCUCUCUCUCUCUGUUUGGGCCGUUCGAGUUCUGAGCGUCUUCCUCCUGAUUGGCUCCCGAUUGGCUGUUGGACUGAGAAUCCAGCGCUCAGCAGAUUUCUGUUGUCUGGAUUAGAUGAGAUGCUGAUGUUAGACAGUCAGCACUUAGAAAUGAACCGAGUUUAACUCGUUAAAUGAAGUUCGUAAUAAGCAGGAUUUAUUUUUAGAGGGGGAGGGGGGCUGUCUGAAACAACUUUACCAUCAGACGGUUACAGAAGACGUAUUUUAAGGAACGACCUCUUUCUUUAAAGUGUAAAUUUUAGCCUCUUCUCAUACGUGAUAGAAAAACAGCUUUGACCGUGUUUCCAUCAUCCUUCUAAGUUCAGAGCGCCAUCAUCACUUCCUCUGUCAUAUUCUCAGAUCUCACUGUAAAAGCUACAAAUAAAGUAACUUAAAGUCCCAGUUUUUUUUUAUACUCCUUAUAGUGUUCUCAGUGGUCUUUAAAAUGUGAUUAUGAAGUUUUUUGCCAAAAUCACGUUACCUGUGUCAUUUUUAAGGACUUUUCUUCUGCAGAGCUCCAGUAGCUCAUUAGCAAUUUACCUCUGAGUCGUGGGCGGAGACAGCGCCGCUCUGCACACUCCUCUUCAUGCUCCUCUUCACGCUAGCUUGUAGCCUAACAUUGCAGGUGUAGUCGAAGUGUCAGGUAACAUAGGAGCUAUUCAGCUCUUGGACAGUAAUGUUUUUGGGGACAUGAUGAAAGUUAAUAUCAUAAUUAUCUUUCUUACGAGCAUUACAAUCUGCUAACGCACAUGCUUGUUAUGCUAUUCUGGCCUGCAUAGCAGGACUCUGGGGGAGGAGCUUGGAUUUGUGAUGUAGAAAAUCUUUCUGUGUCUGAACCUGCUGUUUGGGUCUGCCAGAGAUUCACAGAGAUUUCAAUGAAGAAAUACUCAGAAAUACAAUUUUGCACUCGUAUUUCUCAUGGCAUCCUGUAGCAUCAGAAAAAUUAUAUAUGAAUGUGUAGAGAACAAGAAAAACACGAUUUUCAUCAGAGUGGGUCUUUCAAGCCAUUUCCAAAAAGAGUCAAACAGCUCUCACAAGAGCAGAAAGUGACUUCUUUGGAGUUCCAGUUUGAUGGAUCUUGAGUUGAACUUUCAGACAGGUAUCAGUGGAGAUAUUAACAGAGUUUUACGGGCUGAAAAUCAUUGAAAGCCUCAUUCAUAUAAAAAAAAAAAAGUUGUUACAGGGACAUAUUUACCACUGUGCUGGAUCAUCCCAAAGGAGGAGACUUGUUUCUGGAGUUUUGUAAAGUGAAAUGAUGUCCUCGUCAUACCUGAUAUGGAUGUAAAGGAAGUCCCGCCCACAUCAGUCCAGUUUCUUCUCAGCAGGACUCUUCUCCUACAGAGCCACGCUGUUGUAAUCCCUGUUGUCUGAAUGGGGUUUGUCGUUGCCUUGUGAAGGUCUGAAAAAGCAUCAGGUGAAGGCAGCAUAUGUUGCUCUUAAACAGCAUUAACAGAGCCACAGUGCUUAUACAUCCUCAUCCCACCACUGAUGCUGGAUUUGGACCUGUGCUCCGAUAAAAACGGUUUUAGACUAACAGGACAGAGAGACUAUGUUGGAUUUAGAUUCUCCAGACCAGGAACAGUUUUUACUUCCCCUCAUCUGAAAUGGGUUUUGGCUCAGAAAGGUGGUCUAGACUUGGUUUCCUCUUUGCACAGUUUUAAUCUGUAUUAGUGGGAGUGAGUUUGAGUGCAUGCAGAGAUUUCCACCACAGAGUCACGUCUGCUACCUGAGGACUCGAAGGUCCCUUUUUGUACAGUUUCUUUAAUGAUAUUAUGAACUACAGAUGAAGAUCGUUGUCCUGAAAAUGUUGACGUAUCUGCUCACUCACAGAUCAGCAAACCUCUACCAUCUUUACCUCCGAGACACCUGGACUCUCGGCCCCAUUUUUUUUUUUUUUUAAUCUCCAGUUAGCUUCAAACUUUUUCUAUGUUUUUUUAAAUGUGUUGCGGCCAUCAAAUUUAAAAUGAGUGAAUAUUUUAAUAAAACUAUAACAUUACUUUGUUUUAACAGAAUAGGUAUGUUGUCUCUAAACCAUUUCUAUAAUAAAUGAUUUGUAAAAAAAACACUUUUAUCCGCAUUUUACACAAGAUCUGAACUUUUUCUUGGACUUUGUGUUGCAGUUGCAGCCGUUUUAUUGACCAUUUUUCGAGACUUUCAAACUUCCAAAAGGUUGAACUUGUCAAAUCUGGCGUUAAAGGAGAAGAAGGUGCGUUCAAAACCCUGCAGGCUGCUGAUCUUGGUUUAAAAAGCGCAUGUUGUUUUGUAGAUGGAUGUACUAAUAACUGAGCAGUAAGUAACAAAAGUUAGUUAUCAUCAUGCAUGUCGUAUUUCCCGUUAAAAUCAGGAAAGUCUGAUCCCUUAUGGAGGAGGAAGCUGACUGUAAAGGUGAUUGAUGACAUUAACGUCCCAAAAACUUGAACACUGUUCUUCGUCGUGUUUGGAGCAGAGUGAGUUUAAUUCUGAUUUGUUUAUCUGUGAGGAAAAUUAAAGAGCAGACGGACGUUCAGAUCCUGAGACGCUCCUCUGCAGAAAGUCUGCUGGAGUUCCUGGAGGUCUCGAUCUCUCGGUGUUGAGAAGCGGUACUCUCCCUGUCGGCAUUUGAAUGGGGAGGAGAAGGUGUGAGUGUGAGUGUGUGUGUGUGAGAUAGAGAGAGAGUGUGUGUGUGUGUGUGUGUGUGUGUGUGAUGGGGGGGAGUGUAUCGUCACUAGCACUCCUGGUCGUGACUCACAGCGCACAAUGCUUUUCGCUCCUCUCCUGAGCCCUUUAUUUAUUUUUAGCUGAGCAACGUUUUGUACGCCCCAACUGUAGUCCUGCACACUACAUCACACAUGCACACACAUGCACACGCUUUGGCACAUGCAUGAUGAAGAUUAUACCACCCUUCAUCCACAUGGUCUGAUAUCUUUGAGGAGGUUUUUGUCCAUCAUUCAUGGAGGUUAAUCAGACCUCCAAGUUCAGGUUCUUGGAUGUCUCAGCAUUUGUGUGUUUGUGUGUGUUAGUGUGUGUGUAUCUGCAGUCUGUCUCCACAUUUUGUUCACAUCAUCUCCAGAUAACUGAGCAUGAUGAUGUUAAACAGACACAGUCGAUCUUUUUUCUGUGUUUUUUUUUUUUUUGAGUUUGGUGUAAACAGGAUCAAAUUAGUUCUCAUAAAAAUUUUGUUUAUACAGUUUUGUGUUAAAAUUGUGUUUAGAUUAAAGCCCAAGUAGACAAAGCUGGAUUAUAUGGCUUGCUUACAACAGUACAAAAAGAUUUCCAUCAUAAGACAGUGGCUGCAAGGUCAAGGAUUCGUACGGGAGCUCCAACCUACAGCUGUUUGAAAAGUUGAUCGUUCGUUGAUUAAAGCUCCAGUAAGGGUUUUUUCAUGGUUAUUAAAUAGACUGAAAUUCAUCAGUCAUGAUAUCUGGAAGUGAACAAGUCUAUUAGCGAUACAUUUGGUGAUUUUUAUAUCCUGACUUCUAAAUACAACAGGAACGCAGCAUUAUCCCUGAAUUUCCCAGUUCGUCACGUUUUAGUCGCGUGCUUCAAAUCCAUCAUCCUGCACUUUGGAAGAGUUUUAAAGUCCAUAUUCAGCGAUUUUCUUUGCCAAUGUUUUGAUAUGAAAAUCAAAUAAGUUUACUUCGUGACUUUGACUUUUAGAUUUGUUUCUUAUAUUAGUGCUAAACUUCUCCAUCAGCGUGGUCUGAAAACACGACUUAGAGGUCAGAGUUAGCCUCAGAGCGUUUGUUCUUGUACAGUGUUUGUUUUUAUGUGUAGAAAACUCAAAUCACAGGUUAUCGAUGCUCCACUAUCUCCUAUCUCUGCUCUCACAUUACUGAUCUCCCCCCAGUCAGCUGCCUCUUUCACCCCUUUUUCACCUAAUCAGUUCCAGGGCUGGUUUGGAGCCAGUGUCUAAUUUGGAACCAGUUCUUUAUGUUUUGAUGGCCAAAGACCAAAGUCCUGGAUCUCAGCAAGAAAAGAAAAAAAAAACAGUAUUUUAGGAGAACUAACUCCUUUCUGGGCUACAAGACAGAACCGCUUACAUGAGGGGCUAAAGGCGGGGCUACUGUAGCCAUAAUCACCAUGGAGAUAUCUAAACACUUCACUCUGUGUUUUCUGGAUUUUUAUAAAGUAUAGAAGGACACCGUCUAUUUUUGUUCCUGUCUUCAGACUUGUUUAGCUCUGCUGUUAAAUUUAACAUUUUAAUAUGGGGCUCUAUGGGAGCUGACUCACUUUGGAGUCAGCCUCUAGUGGCGAUUUGAGGAACUUCAGUUUUUGGCACUUCUGUGUUGACCUCAUAUAUCAGCCUGAGAUUUUCCAAUUUCAUCAUAGCUGAUGAGAUCAAGUGUUCGGUCCAACUACCUGAUACAUGCUAGCUACUACGACUUGCUAACAUUAGCGGUUGCUGCUGAACUUUUUAAUCCGAAUAGUUUGUUUUUGUUGGUGAAGUCAGAACUAAGAUAAAACUUGUCCAGAUUCUGCCAAAGUAACAUGAGCGAUUAAAGUCAAAUGUUUUACCACCUCUGGCUGAAUAUUUUUGAAUAUUUAAUUUUUUACAGUUAGUGCAGACGGUUUUUGAAGCCGUGAAGAUGACCCCCAAUUCAUGUGUUUCAGUGACACAUUAAAGUGAAGUAUUUAGAAGUUUAUAACAGAUGUGAUUUCUAAUCCUGAAACUAAUUUGACGUCAUUUUUACGUCUUUUCUGUAGGACUCCACGUUAUCCCUCAGCGGUGACGAGAUCCUGGUUCUGGUGGUUUAAGGGCCAAAGUGAGAUCCCACCAUGA